AUAUAUGUAUAUGCACAUGUAUCAAAUGCGUCCGUGAAAACGUCCUCUAAGAUUGGUACGUAAGCGAUAUCAAACACUAUGUCAUUAAGCACGUUCUGAUAUAAAGGAGCUUGCGGGUGUUAGACGAUUGGUAUUAGUGUACGCGUAGCGUGUAGCGAAACACCUUGCUGUGGGAUGAAUGUCGUCCUGAUUCCAUUCUUCUUAGCGGCCAAUGUCGUCAUUAACAACACUUCGGAAUGGAGAUUCGGGCCAGAAUACACGUACGAUUUAAACAUGACCUACGACGUGAAACGUGAAGAUGACGCGCCUACCAAUAUCGCACGAGUAAACUCUACGCUCAAGUGUCGCCCCAACGAGUCGAACAGUCUCUUUUGCCGUUUGCUAAACUUUACCGUCGUGGAGCUCAUUGCGGAUCGCUACAAGACGAAGCAGGUUCGCUGGGAACAAAGAUUCGAGAUCAGGUUUAAUGAGAUCGGCGUGGAGGGUCUGCUGGUGGAAUCACCAAUUCGUAUGGAGAUCGUGAACAUUCUCAGGAGCCUUGCCAAUCAGUUUAGCAUGGGUGCCGAUCUACGGAACAGGAUCGAUGUGUCACAAUUCAUGGUUCGGGAGACCACGCCGAUGGGCAAUUGCGCGACCAUGUUGAAGAUCACGCGUGAAGAACCAGAAUCGGAUUCUAUCGAGGAAGAGAACGCCAGCUCUGCCUUCCGGUUCAUGGUAUUGCCGAUGGCGAACGUGGAACCUGGAACGACUCUCUCGAUUGUCAAGGCAAGGACGGGAUGUCUUAGUUCACCGCGAUAUCUCAACGUCUUCUUCGGAAUCAUAAAGAUGGGGAGAUACAUCACCAAGAUACGAAUCGAUGACAAGUUCGAGACCAUCACCCAGUUAGAUGGAAAACUAUGGACAUCUGUGCAUGAUGGUACCGAAUUUCCACCGAAUAUAAGAAUCUUCUUCAAGGAGGUGAUACAGCUCAAUCUAAACAGCAUCGAACCCGCGCAAGACGAAAUUCCGGUCAUCUCCUACAGCAAUUUGAUCGGACUGAAUAUCAAUACUGAUAUGAACAACGACUUUAUUGAUUAAAGAGAAAAGAAAUAUGCGCUCUUUUUCUCAAGUCGCGAGUUUUGCACUCAAAGUUUUAAACCGCACAAUAUUUGCAUUAGAUAUUCAAUCAAAUUAAAUGAAAGUGCAUAGGAGGAGAUUAAUAAAUGGCAUUUAAUAAAAUACAAGUUUUCUAAUGUUCGAUUUCAGGCAAUGUAGAAGAUUCUUAAAUUAAUUAAAUCAAUCAAUCCUUA